AUGAGCGAUUCAGAAUCUGAAGUUAAUGACUAUGGUAACGAGAAAACCAUAGUAGUUGCCAAGCGAGUUCUUCGGCGAUUUCUAUCCUUAUGCGAGUCGCAAUCUACCAUCAUAUCAAGAACUAAACUGUCGACCAUAAUUCGAGAAGUUUCGAGUGAGGAAAACACGCGUACAGUCAAAUUUGGGGCCAUCUACAAAGCCAUGAACUCCCUGUUGCAAAACUCUUUUGGGUAUCAAUUGUGGGGCUUGUAUUCGAAGCCUCCCAAAAACACAAAAGGGGGGAAGAGACCAGUCCCUUCGCGGGACCACACGCCUGAGAUCAAUGAGAUCAAUAGUGGCGGUGGCGCUGUUAACUUAAAAGAGAGAGCUCAGUUCUUUAUGCUCGUAUCAGAACUUCCUAAAGCGCCUACAGCAUUUCGUUCGCUUCUACUCGAGGAAGGUACAAAGCUCUACGAUGACCGCAUUGUCGAUGAUGACUAUAUAGGAAACGACUUGUCAAUGCUACCUGAAGAUUCCUUUGAAAACGCCGUUGCAACAGAUGAGAGUCUGGUUGCGCAAGGACUCACCUUCGUGGUACUGGUGCUUAUCCUUUUUUCUAAGAAUAGCAUUUUGCACCAAGAACUAGUGCAACAUCUGCUCAAGUUUGGAAUUCCGCAGGACGGCCAGAAGAUUCCUGUUCUUGACAUCACGCUAAAUGACUUUUUGAGUUUGCUUAUCAAACGGGAAUACAUUCACCGAACAGACGAGCGGGCACAAGAUGGAGCUCAAGAGGUUAGCUUUUACCGAAUUGGUCGUAAGACGCAAUUGGAGUUCGACAAGAAGUCCCUUUUGGCCAUGUGCUUUAAAAUAAUGGAACCAGAUGCAGCGCAGAUGGCUCAGCUUGAAAAAUCAAUUGACUUGAGCAUCGCAGACGCUUACGGAGUAUAA